CCGCUCGGCCUCCGGGGGCCCGUCGCGCGCGGCUACGGCCGCGGCGGCAAGGACCUCGGCGUGCCGACGGCGAACCUGCCCGAGGACCUCUUCGGCGACGCCCUGCGGACCGUCGACGCGGGCGUCUACGGCGCCUGGGCCAAGCUCGCGGGCGACGACCCGGCCGCGGAGCCGCGGCCCGCCGUCGUCAACGUCGGCUACUCGCCGACGUUCGUCGACGCGGAGAACCCGCUCAAGAUCGCCGAGGCGCACCUCCUCGACUACGAGGGCGGCGACUUCUACGGCGAGACCAUGGCGCUCGUGCUCGUGAGCCGCCAGCGGCCCGAGCAAAAGUUCCCGGACUUCCCGACCCUCCUCGCGAACAUCCGCAACGACAUCGACGUGGCCCGGCGCGCGCUC